UGACGUUUCCGGGGAGGGGGAGCGGGAGCAGUUCGAAUAUUUAGUUCCCUCCCACCGUAACUUGGCUUCUCCUGGCAGAUUGGCAAAAGCAGCAGAGGAUGAUGGGAAAUCAAGGGGUGGGGCAGACUUAACCCCACAUUUUUAUUACGCCUCAGCCGGCUACACAAGAUCAUCUCCCUGAAACCGCAGAGUAGAUGGACAAUUAAUGCUUCAGUAGCAAAGUUUUUAGACGUGAGAAAUGUCUUCUGAUGAGCCCUGGCUUCCAGCAGAAGAUGACAGUCAAGUAUUGAAACUAGCUAGAAAAUCCAGGGAUGCUCCCUUUGUCCCCAUAGGGCUGGCAGGCUGCUUUGCUGUGGUAGGUUAUGGUCUUUACAAGCUAAAACAUAGAGGGACUCAAAAAAUGUCGGUCCACCUCAUCCACACGAGAGUUGCAGCACAAGGCUUUGUUGUAGGUGCAAUAACAAUAGGUGUUCUAUAUUCUAUGUAUACCGAUUAUAUGAAACACUCGAGCCGCAGUGGACCGAACAAAUGAUCAGCGUCAAAGAAGCAAAGAGAAAGAAGAGCAAAGCAUUUGAUUCAGCUUUAUUUUAGAAUAACUUUUAUGUAUGAGUAUUGAAGAAUGUAUUCCAAGCAUACCACUGGGAUUCCUUGCUAUUUAUUAAAACAGCUGCUAUAUGCUGAAGCCAA